AUGCGGCUAUACGGCGAUUUGUCAAAACCCUCGUCCCAGCUGCUCAACGUCUUCCAAAUACUACCUCACAGCCAUCAAAAGUUCCCUUCCAACGAUACAUAUAAGAAGACUCUCUGUCGCCUUUUCCUGUCUAAAUCAUCACCAACAACUUCCGCCUUCAUGCGCUUUGUGCAUACAUUCUCACGAUUCAUCUUCACUCUAUCCAACUUCACUCGCGUUAAGCCCCCGCAUCGAAUUCCACAGUGCGCACUACAGCCUCUUCGAUUGCAGUCCAUGUCAAGCAUCCCCUUUUUGAGCGCCCUGUUCGGUUCUUCAUCCAAACCAUCAUCCAACAUGUCUUAUCCCGACCAGCGAACUGACGAUGAGUGGCGCGCCAUUCUGAAUCCCACGCAAUUCAGGAUUCUCAGAGAAAAGGGAACUGAAGCCCCUGGCACUGGAGAGUUUGAUAAGCACUACCCCAAGGAGGGCGCCUACACUUGCGCUGCAUGCGACGCGCCGCUCUACAAGGCCACGCACAAGUUCAGCUCUGGCUGCGGCUGGCCGGCGUAUUUCGACAGCAUCCCCGGCGCCGUCACCCGGCACGAGGACCGAAGCUUCGGCACCGUCAGGACUGAGAUUGUCUGCUCCAACUGCGGCGGUCACUUGGGUCACGUUUUCAAGGGAGAGGGAUUCCCGACGCCCACGGAUGAGCGCCAUUGCGUGAACAGCAUCAGCUUGAAGUUUUCACCGGAGGACAAGGUGGUGGAGAAGAGCAGCGAUGAGACCAAGGCAUAA